CAUUCGUUCUAUUGAUAAUGAUAAGGUGGUAGCUACUUAUGGCGUUGUAGGAGACGAUUGGAUUAUUUUUACAUUUUACAUGUAAUAGUUUUAAUUGAUGACGCUAAUCUCGUAUGAGAUUUCAGCAUUUAUUUACUUAUAAUUUUAGUUAUUGUGUAAUGCUCGUUGUAGUUAUUCGGUGAGAGCGAAUAUUUCUUUGUUUUUUUCAUCGAACAUAUGUUGGACUACUUCUGUUCGUUACAAAUUACGCGUAACAAAUUAUUCUGUACGCGCACAAUGAUUGCACCAGUAAAUUGUGAUAACUUAGGUUCAAACAACAGUAAAGGAACCAGAAGUCAUUCGGCUCAAGGUCUGGCGAGUUCCGUGUGUAGUUCAGCAAUGAAGAUACCGUUACCUCCUCGUCCAUGGAUUACAGAUGCAGAAGACGAUUCAUCAGAUGAAAUUGACAGUAGUAUUAUUAAAGACGAGGGGUUGAUUGCUAUGGAAAGAACAAGAAUGAGGUCAAGAUAUCGACACCACAAACAAAGACAAGUUAAUGUACCUAUUGGAAUUUUUUGGGAUAUUGAAAAUUGCCAGAUUCCAAGAGGUUGUUCUGCUAUAGAGCUGGUGGCUGCUAUUCGAGCAAAGUUUGUAAGGGACGGAAGAAGAGAAGCUGACUUUGUAGUUGUUUGUGAUGUUAGGAAGGAGACAACCACAAGACUAUUAGAACUUAACGAUGCUCAAGUGAGCCUAAUACAUGUCUGUAGAACUCAGAAAAAUGCGUCGGAUGAUAAACUUCGACAGUGUAUGAGGAGGUUUGGUGAUCUCCACUCGUCACCGGCUGCUAUAUUAUUGAUUUCUGGCGAUAUUGACUUUGCUGCAGACUUAACUGACUUCAGAUAUAGGAAAAACAUGGAAGUGAUAUUGGUGCACAAACAGAACACUUCGGCGGCGUUAAUUGCAUGUGCCUCGUCUCAUUAUUGCUUUGACGAGAUCGCCUCUACUCUUCCCAGAAAGGUAUCGAAGAGUGAGGAUGAAACUCCAACUUGUGAAGUGGAAGUAUUGAACUUGCCCAUCCACCAGCCACCUGAGCUGGUGUCUAUAAGACUCCGCCAUCUUGCCAAAAAGUGUGGUGGCAGGGUUGUCUCUGUCACCGCUCCUACUGCAAUACUUAAGUUUUCUACGCCCGACCAUGCAUCGAGAGCUCUAAUGCGUAUGGACGGGGAGGAUGUGUACGGACGUAAGAUAAGUACGCGGUACGCUCGCAGCGCUGUACCGCCGACAUACUCCAGCGAUGAAGGCUACAGCACUGCGCCGGCGUCAUACCAGCCACCCACCUUUGUACCACCGCCUGCCAAGGUAUGCUCAUCGCCUCAAGAGAUGGGCUCGUUCAAUACUCCUUGCAUCUCGAAGGAGUGGGCUAUGGCUCUGAAACAACUGCCGGCGCCUACACCACCGCCUCAUGAUUUCUGCCCACCACCUGCACCGAAACCUAGGAAGAUUAGGGGCACGCAUGGUUCAGUGAAUUUGGACCAGUCGGGCUGUUCCUCAAGUAAUAGUGGGGAGGGUCGCAAUGGAGAUAUUAGCGCUAGCAGGGCGGUGUCUCCUUGGAACUCUUCAGCUAGUUUCAGCGAACAUAGCGAGUCUGAGGAGUCCACUGCUGAACUAACCGUUUCUAACUUACCGCCUUAUGAUGCUGCUAUUUUGCAGGAGAUGCUGACUCAGCUAUUCAACUUAUACGUACAAACCGUCCGAGUCACUGUUUGGGCGGCCGGAGAAGGUCCUUUAGCGACAGUGGUGCUUCGUUCAGAAUGGGACGCGAGGCUGGCAAUCGCUCGCAUUCACAAACGCCGUCUGGACAACCAGUGGACGGGGCGACGUCUAGAACUUUCUCUAGGCAAGCCGUCACCGGCUCCCAAUCUAGAUGUCCUACGAGCUAGACUAAGAGCUAUUUUACUUGAUCAAAAGAACCAUACACUACCUCUUUUGAGACUGAGGGAUGCUUAUGCCAGUCGUCAUUGCUGUGCUCUGACGACUUCAGAUAUAGCUAAGCUUAAAGACACAGUAGUCAUACAUGAAGGGUUUGGUAGAAUGGUUCAGUUAGUGGAUCUAACGCCCGUGUCUAGUUCCGAGAUGGAGGAGGCGCCCUGGAAGUGCCAUAUACACGCGUCCAUGAGCACCGGACAGGAGGACGGUAGCCGUAUUUUGCAACCUGUUUUCAUGGAGAUCUCAACUUUGGCUAAGAAUGUACAUAUUUUGUUGGAGAGUCAUGGAGGAAUUUUACCGUUGUUAAGUUUCGUGGAGUGCUACGAGUCUCGGUUUGACGCGUUGGUGUGCGACCCGCGCCACGGCGUGGCCCUGGAGCUGCUCCUGCGCAGCGUGGAGGGCCUGGACGUCCGUGACGCGCCCUCCCGCCACCUCACGUGGAAGGCCAGGCCUCUCGCACUCACUCCGCCUCUGCCUCAGGCUGCUAAUAGCGAGAGCUCCCGUUCGAGUGGAGAACGCGAGCGGCCACGCACUGCGCCUGCCUUAGAACCGAUGCUAGCGUUGUUCGAAAGAGAACUCAUUGACUUACUGCGCACGGCGCCUAGGUGCUCCAUACCAUUCAGCAAACUGAUACCAGCUUUCCACCACCAUUUCGGUCGCCAAUGCCGCGUCGCCGACUACGGCUUUACUAAACUACCCGACCUACUUGCUGCGCUCGGCAAUGCUAUCGUGGUUCUUGGGUCCGGCUCAUCUCGUAUAAUAACAAUAUCGGCGGCGGCUCAAAGCCGUCGUUGGACAUCAGAUCUCGUGAAGGUAUUGAAGGGGCAGCCGGGGCGCGCUGUCCAGUUGCACGAGCUGCCACAGCUGUACCACGCGGCGACAGGCCGGCCAUUCUCCCCCGUGGACUACGGAGUCUGUACCGUCGCCGAGCUGAUGCAGCGCGUCAACCCUCAGGCAGUCACCGUCGCACCAGACGGCACCAUCUCCCUGCCACGUCGCCUGCCUACUCCAGAAGAAAGGGCUCGCACUCGAGAGUUUGCCAUGCAGGCGGUGGAACUGUUGCGGCACACGGCCAACUUGCGCAUGGAGUUCUCGCGCUUCGUGCCGGCCUACCACGCGCACUUCGGCCGGCAACUGCGGGUGGCGCACUACGGCUGCGUGAAGCUGUUGGAACUGUUCGAGCUCAUCCCCGAGGCCGUGGCCGUGUGCGGCGCGGGCGCGGCCGAGCGCAGCGUGCGCCUGCGCGGCGGCGUGGCGCGCGCACUACUGGCGCGCCGCCUGAGGGCGCUGCCCGCGCUGGCGCUGCGCGACCUACCGCUGCACUACGCGCACCACUACGGCGCACCGCCGCAGCCUGACAUGUUGGAAGCUGAUACACUGGAAGGUUUGGUGUAUGCUGCGGGCGGCUGUAUAGAGAACAAUAUAGUGGUAGCCCCCGGUGGCUCUCCUGCCUGGGCGGGGUGCUUGCUGACUGCGUGCGCGGUGCUGUGCGGGGACCGUAGCGUAGCGCGGGGCUCCACGCUGGAGUACUUCACGGCGGCCUACCGCCGCCUGCGGGGGGCGGAGCCCGAGCUGCGGCGCCUGUUGGCGGCCGGCGUCAUCACGCUGAGCGAGCAGCGCCUCAACGUGUCGCCCGAGUGGCGCGUCGUCUGGCGCCUCGCACAGCUACUGACGGACCGCGCUACGCCCGCCUCGCCCGAAGAAAUAUUCAUCGAGUUCGCUCGUCGUUAUGAACCUGUCUUCCCUGGAGUUGAUCCUAGUGCAGAGGGCGUGGCAGAUUUCCUUCGUCAUUACAUGGAGAUAUUCACGGAAACCGAAACCGGGCGCUGGACGUUAUGCCCCGGUGUCGUAGUACCGCGAUGUCGCGAACUCAUACCAGGCCCUGCGCACGAGGAUUACUCCGUUCAUGAUACACCACCGGGACAAAAGGGUUCCCGUGUGUUUGAAUCACCAAAGAACAACAUAUGGUGCUCCCCACCUGCAAGCGCGUUGCCCACUCCUACUGCUUUUCUUAACCUCGAAAACAAACGUCGUAUUCGUUUGGCGGCUCACUUCGAAGGUCCAUAAUCCCACCGCGUCGUAUAAGAAGAUGCAUUCCUUAUUUUUGAUGUAGGUUAGUAUUAUACGUGUUCCAAACGCGGCACCUGAAACUUUGGAGUGAUGUGCAUCAGGGUCGCAACGAAUUUUAACUACUAGACUAAUAUAAGUGUCCAAUAAAUUGUGAUGUCUGUAACAAUAAUAUUUUAGAUGUUUAUAUUUUUAUGUGUUUAUUUAGUAUAAGAAAUCUUAUGGUGCAUUCGUCAAAUGUUUUAAGUGCCGAUAUAAAACUAAUGUUCCCCGUCUAUGUACAAAGAGGUAAGUCGUAAGAAUCAUCUUGACCGAAGUCUUCUUUUACUGUAUCUUAGUGUAUAAAUUAUGUUUUGUUUUGACUAUUAUAUUUUCAUGUAUCCAAUGAGUCAGUUUCGUGUGUUGUUUUGGGGCUUGUUCCACAAUGUUUGAUUAAGUUACUGUUAGCUUAGCUGCCAGAUAUUUUGACUACUGUUAUCAAAUUACCUGGCAGUUAAGACUAACGGAAAGAAACUUAAUCAGAUCUUGUGAAACAGGCCACUAGUCUUUCAAAGUUACUUGUUGAACUAUUAUAUAGAAUUGUCUAGACCUUACAACAGUGUAACUGCGUAAUUCUAUUCAAUUUUAUCUUGUUUUAUUUUAUAUUUUGACAUUUUAUAUACAGAUUUUUUUUCUUAUAUUUUAUAUUAUGUGGCUCUUCGCGUAACAAAGGACUGAACAAGCUUCAAAUGAUACUUUAAGGUACUAAUAAGUUUAUGAAAGAUCUUACAGUAUGUUAUCUACGUAGUAAUUUGUAAGUAGAUAAUGUUACUGCCAUUGAUACGAAUAAAACAAUAAUAAACACUAAAUGUACAUAUCAUUGAUUUGAGGCUCAAAAUAUGUUAAGAAUAGUUGCUAAGUUUUAUUAAAUAAACAUCUCGAGCACUUGUAACAUUUUUCGGAUGCCCACGAAAAGUACAAUGAUCAUACAACAUGUUGAUUGUCCUAGAAUUUUAUCGUUUAAUAUAUUUCAGCCACAAAUCUAUUUGCAUGUAUUUUGCUUGUAUUAUUUCGAAAUUACUCUUCAAAUUAUUGUACAGACCUAUUCCUUCUCUCAUUUUGUAGGUGUAUCACAUUCGAAUUUAUGUAAUUUUAGAUAACAUUUACAUUCAUGUUAAGUUCUACGGUGGUUUACGUAAUGGAUACGCCAGUUGUUUGUUGAAUCUCACUUUUGCGAACUGGCCUUAAUGACGUCAAUUAAAAACGUUCAAAGGUUUUAUAAGAGUAUUCAAUGAAUGUAGAUGUAGGUGAUAUUAUUAUUGCUUUGAUAGAAUAUGCUCGUGCCUAGUGCGAUGUUGCUUUAAUUUUAUGACAAUCGUUUGUGUUUUUCUUUAAUUAAAUCUCCUAGUUCCACAUAGUUCCCCAAGAAAGACGUUGAUUUAAGUUCCAUUUGCUCUUGUCGCAAUACAAGUGAUUAUUGUAUUUGUAUUUUGUAAUAAAUGUUAUUUAUUGGCUUCUAAAUCACGCACAGUAAGCUUUAACUUCUGAUUGUGGAAGGUGACUUAUAAUUUGUACCAAAGCACUAGUUAGAUAUUAUAUUCGGCCAAAUUAUCCUGUACUAAACAUUGUAAUAAUGUGCACUAAUUAUAUCACGUUGGUCGUAAGUUUGUAUAGAACCAUUUUUUGUAAAUGGGAAUUAAUUCCUCUAGUCUUUCUAGCAAUGUUUCAUGGGUUUAAUUUUAUUGUACCUUUUAUGUUUAUUUUUUUUAUAUCUAAAAUAAUUAUUCUAAUCAAUGGUUCGUCUGUCUAACAUAUGUUUUAAAACGACAGCAACCUGCAAUAAGCCAUAGUGAUAAUUUAUUUAGUUAAUAUAAUUUGAAAAUAGUCUUAACAGAUUUAUUUAAAUAUAAAAAUGUUGGGAGUGAUGAGCUAAUGAUUAAUAUACAUAAAUGUAAAUAGGCUUGAGAUUUAGUCUGUAUUCUAAGGCAUUAAUUACCACUGUGAUACUUCUGUACCAUUGAAUGCCAUACUUGGUUUCAACUCGAUGUAAUAAGCGAUCACAAAUAUUUUCUAGUAUGAGCAAGUGUUUUGUAAUCAUAAGUCGACGGUAUAUUUUCGUAGGUAUGUAUAUAGUGUACAUAAUAUUACAUUUUGAUUAUUAAAUUGGUACAAAGUAUGAACAUUUUAGUAAUAAAAUAUUAUACUCUCGAUAAUGUGGAACUACGACAUUUAAUUGCGAAAUUAUUUACAGAUAAUUUUGUUUUAUAUUUGUAUGUAAGCGGGUUCUUGCAUAUUUGAAGUAUAUUUUUUCAAUGCAAUUAAUUUUACAUUUGUUACACUGCCAGUCCGCAUUUGUACAUCAGUAUUGGCCAUCAGAUCAUCUAUGGAAACGAGAUAUUUUAUAUAAGGUUUCUAUCUAUUAAUUUUAUGACCAUUGUAAUUGUCACGUAAGUUCUGAUUGUGACGGCGUUCACAUAGGGCCGGAGUACUGUCCAGCGUUUCAUAAAUGUUACUUAAGAAUUAAGGUUGGCGCAGACUGACGUCGCGGCACGUCUUGGCAUGCCGUUCCGAAACCACACAUUACCGUGGUUCAUUAUAUAAUUUAAUACAUUUUGUUUUCUAUAAAUGAUGUAUCCAGAUCUUUUCUUUAACUCAUCAGUUCGUUUUAGUCUCUCGUCAUCUUCAGCAAGAACCGGUAUUAUUGAUAAAAUCUCAGUCAAAUUUAACGACACAAACAACUUUAGACCCGCAGAGAAUAAAACCAUUUGAAUAUGUUGAGUGGCUGACUAGUGUCCUUUGAUCUCGUGAAGCACGCUGUCAUGCCAAGGCGUCAGUCUACGCCGGCCUUUAUAAAUUUAAUUACCAAGUUCUCUAAGACUGUAGUGAAGAUACAUUUAAGUACUUUAUAAGCUGUUGUUUUAUUUUCUGACCAAUAACUAUGUAUUUUGUAACAGUAAGGUAGAAUUAAGUAUGCAUUCAAAGUUCAUUACAGGAAGAUGUAACAUUUUCAUAAAAGUUUUCCUACAUCUUCGUAAUUCUGUGAUUAUUUGUUAUAGUUUUAACUAGUGAAUCGAUGUAUUUGAAUUAGUCGUUUCAGUAUUGCAUGUAUGAUGAAUGUGUCGGAAAAUAAAUGUUAUUUUUUCAAUAA